UAUCCGACGCCAUACCCGACGGCGUACCCGACUGCCUUCCCCACGGCCUACCCGACGCCUUUCCCGACGUCCUUCCCAACGCCCAGCCCGACGCCUAGCCCGACGUAUCCUCCAGGAUGGCCGACGCCACAGCCGACGUUUCCUCCUGGAGCUCCCAUGGCGGGCGCAGCUGGCGGUGUGGCUGCCACUGGCGAUCCCCACCUGGCAAAUGUUCUGGGUCAGAGGUUCGAUUUGAUGAAGCCAGGCAACCACGUUCUGAUCAACAUCCCUCGUGGAAGGCAGAAGAAUGUUAUGCUUCGUGUAGAGGCCGAGGCGAGUCAAUUGGGUGGACAAUGCACUGACAUGUAUUUUCAAGACUUGAACGUGACGGGGUCGUGGGUGGAGGAGAAGCAUGCCGGCGGUCUCCGAUUUCAAGCUCAGGUUGUGUCCGACGAAAGUCCGAAGUGGUUAAUGUUUGGGAAGGUGCAAAUCAAAGUUGCGCAUGGACACACGCAGCAGGGCAUCACUUACUUGAACUUCUACGUCAAGCACCUUGGGCAUGCUGGAUUCGAUGUCGGAGGAUUGCUGGGAGAGGAUGAUCAUCAGGAGGCAGCGACGCCCGCGGAGGAAUGUGUCCACCGUGCAUCGCUUCUUCACGUAUCUGGCCUGAAUGAGCAAAGUGCGCACCUCUUCUCCGUCGCAGAAGCAAGCUUUGCAUGA